CAAUUCAUUUAUCUGCAGGAAUGAUUGCGACUAUCAGUCUAGAGCUCACCGCCUGACUGAGGAGGUGAAAGUUGCGCCACAGGAAGAUAAACCGCAAAAGACAAUAUUGCAUGUAUACAUGAUCCUGCGUGUGCAUCGGAUGCGCGGUAUAGGGGAAUUCCUCGCGUCUUAGAAAGUAAACAGAAAACCGGUGGAUUGGAGAGUUUGCUCAGUCCUGUGCGCUUCAAGAGAUACAGAGAGGGGGAGGAAGAAUAUCAGUGCGUGGUUUUUUGAUUUCUGCUCUCAGUCGUCUCGGCGAGUCUAGACUGAAGAUGCUCUUGGACGCAGGACCGCAGUAUCCCACCAUAGGAGUCACUACUUUCGGCUCCUCGCGGCAUCACUCAACAGGCGAAGUCACGGAGAGAGAAGUGGCGUUGGGGAUCAAUCCGUUCGCGGAUGGGAUGGGCGCCUUCAAAAUAAACCACAGCUCCCACGACAUCGGCUCCGGACAGACGGCGUUCUCCUCCCAGGCGCCCGGCUACGCGGCGGCCGCGCUGGGACACCACCACCACCCGACCCACGUUGGCUCUUACUCCACGGCGGCUUUCAACUCCACCAGGGACUUUCUCUUCAGAAAUCGGGGCUUCGGAGAUGCCGCCGGGGCGCAGCACAGUUUGUUCGCCUCCGGAAGUUUUGCAGGGCCACACGGACACUCGGAUGCGGCGGGGCACCUGCUCUUCCCGGGGCUGCACGAGCAGGCGGCGAGCCACGCGUCGUCGAACGUGGUCAACAGCCAGAUGCGGCUGGGCUUCUCGGGGGACAUGUACGGACGGGCCGACCAGUACGGCCACGUUACGAGCCCGAGGUCCGACCACUACGCCUCCACGCAGCUGCACGGCUACGGCCCCAUGAAUAUGAACAUGGCCGCGCACCACGGAGCCGGGGCCUUCUUCCGAUACAUGAGGCAGCCGAUCAAGCAAGAGCUCAUCUGCAAGUGGAUCGAGCCGGAGCAGCUGACGAACCCCAAAAAGUCGUGCAACAAAACUUUCAGCACCAUGCACGAGCUGGUGACCCACCUGACGGUGGAGCAUGUGGGGGGACCAGAGCAGACCAACCACAUUUGCUUCUGGGAGGAAUGCUCCAGAGAAGGAAAGCCAUUCAAAGCCAAAUACAAACUUGUAAAUCAUAUCAGAGUUCACACCGGAGAAAAGCCCUUUCCGUGUCCGUUCCCCGGCUGUGGCAAAGUAUUCGCGCGAUCGGAAAAUCUAAAAAUUCACAAAAGGACUCACACCGGUGAGAAGCCCUUUAAGUGUGAGUUUGACGGCUGCGACAGGCGGUUUGCAAACAGCAGUGACCGCAAGAAACACAUGCACGUCCACACGUCGGACAAGCCCUACCUCUGCAAAAUGUGCGACAAGUCAUACACACACCCCAGCUCCCUCCGAAAACACAUGAAGGUCCACGAAUCCACCAAUCCGGGAUCGCAGCCAUCUCCAGCGGCCAGUUCAGGGUACGAGUCGUCCACGCCUCCCACCAUAGUGUCCCCGUCCACAGAGAACCAGAGCAGCAGCUCCAUAUCACCAGCAGCCUCAGCAGUCCACCACACAGCCAGCCACAGCACGCUGUCGUCAAAUUUCAAUGAAUGGUACGUGUAAAUAUUUUUGGAAAGGAAAGAAAGAAAGAAAGAAAAGAAAAGAGACUGAUUUAAAAAAAAAAAAAGGAAGAAAAAAAAACUGCUUGGAUUGAAAGA